AUGGACAGCGCGGCCACAAACACGGCGGCCGACGCGACCAUAACCACCAAGCCGGCUCUUGCAGCGCGAUCGACUCUACCAACAACCAAUCUCGGCGCUCUCACAACAACCUUUACGCCGCCAGACGAUUGCAUGUCUCUCACAAACCGGUACUUUAACUCGGAAAAGCCAGGAACCUACUACUACAACUACGGCUUCACCUGCAAUGUCAACGGGGUAAACGGCGCCAUCUUCGGUCCCAUGGCGAAGCCCACCUGUUUCCCCGAGUCGUUUGCCUCGGCAUUUACCUGCGAAUUCGAACUCUCAGACAUGCUGACGCCUUAUCCCGUGUACUCGCCGGGGCUGAUGUGCCCGCACGGCUACGGACCGAGCUGCACAAUCUCCCUGCCAGCGGGCACAGCUUCCGACGCCGCCAAUGCGACUUCGAGUCCGAAUCUGGCCGAAAGGAAAAUUCAGACAACUAUGCUUACCCAAAACGAGUUUUUCUACAGCGGAUAUGCCUGCGAUACAUUCAAACCUCAUGGCUGCGUGUCAACGGUAAAACUCGGUGGACAAGUAACAGCGGUAAACGGAGCGCGAGGCGUCUGUUUCCAGUCGACAGCCUUGGUAACAAGGACAGCGAAUUCGGACACUCGAGCAAUUGCAUGGGGGCCGAGGGUGCUCAUUAUUCAACCCACACCCGGGCCGUCGACUGGCGAGAGUUCAAAGGACGACGGGACCGGAAAGACGAGUCUUUCUCCUGGGAUAGAGGCUGCCAUUGCUGUAUCAAUACCCCUGGGCUUGACAAUAUUUGGCCUGGCAAUAUAUAUACUGGUAUAUUGGAGACGGAAAAGGGCAAAGUCAAACGAAAAAGCCGUAUCGGCACGCCUCGGCGGCCAUGACUGCGGCAUACCAGAGUUGGAGGGAAAGGGCGUCAUCCUACCGUCGAAUAGUCCCACGGACCAAAGCGACGCGUCGUAUGAAUUACCGGGAGAUCAUCGAUACUUGUCGCAGGAGCUUGAAAGCAUUUCAAAGCCUGUAGAACUCGGCACGGGGGAAAAUAAUUAG